UGUUUUGGGAGUAAAAAGCUGGAUCCAACCUCACACUGCACGCAGUAAGCGGGCAAAGGCCGAGGGGGAGAGUGGAGUAGCUACCGGUCGGCAACACAGGGCAUUGUUCAUAUCGGCGCCCGUUAGAACUUUAUUUGUUUCCAAUCUAAAAAUGGGGAGCAAGAAGAAGAAGAGACAAGAAGAAUAUGUUGACAUUAUUUAAGUGAAUAUUAUUUAUUUUUGACGUUGUCAUUGGUGUAUAUGAAUGCUCGGUAAUUUAGGGACCUGCAAUAACUACAGAGCCAUUUGCCUGUCAAGUAAUUUGGGAAAAGAAGGAGAAACAAACUGAAGCCAUCUGAACAUACCUAACAGGGGAUGGGCUUGCCACCGACAACCGUAGAGGCGGCCAGACGCAGGUUGCGCGAAGUAGUGCGACGCGGAGAGAAGUUGGGUCUGACCCGGAGUGACCUCGCCUCUUUACCUGCUGCGCGCCGCCUCGCCACCUCCGGGUUAAGGCGCUGUUGGAGGAACACAAGCCUGGCCAUCACUGCUUUCGCUGUUAUUCUUGCCAUAACGGCAGUUCUCGCCAAAUGUUACGUGUAUCACGAAGCCACAACUUCCUCUUACACUUCAGGAGCCACCGCAGCGUCCCUGGAUCCCUGGUGGCAACAGCAGCAACUUCAGAGGCUCUGCACUAUCAGCAUGCCCCAGCAGCUCGUAAGAAUGUUCCGGCCGCCGGAAAACUGUGACAUGUGCCGCGGUUUGCGACAGGUCGACAGGAUUGCCAACAUCUCCCCAGCAAACUUCAAGAAACGAUACACGUUUUCGGGACACCCGGUUAUUGUGACCGAUGCGAUGCGGAACUGGACGGCCCAACAUGUUUUUGACUUCCGAUUUCUCAAGACACUUUAUCAACAACUUCCUCAAGCUCAACGUUCACAGGGCUGCCAACUUAUAGCCACCGACUCUGGUUUUGCCAGUCUUGGAGAAGUAUUUAACGGGAGUCAUACAAGAACCGCGGAGCCCUGGCACGUCGGAUGGCGCAACUGCGACGAGCGCGCAGCCACCAUAUUGCGCCAACACUACGGACGUCCCUACUUCCUGCCCCCGAGUUCCAGCGACAGACAGAAGCUUGAGUGGAUCUACCUGGGCAGCUCAGGCUAUCGAGAAACCAUGCACAUCGAUAUGGUUAAUCGGCCAUCUUGGCAAGCUCAGCUGAAAGGAAGCAAGCGAUGGUUCCUUUUUCCGCCACCGGAGUGUUACUAUCAGUGUGAAUCGCUUGAAGUCACCGUCGAACCGGGAGAGAUUAUUGUCGUGGAUACAGCCAGAUGGUACCGGGAGACAGCAAUUGUAUCUAAAGACCUGAGUAUAGCCGUAGGGGCACAAUUUGAUUUCACCUAGUAAAGUGAUCUAAUGUGGAAGAAAGUGACUUUACAAAGGUGGAUGUAGCUCUGAGCGUUGUGAAAGACAAGAAUAAGAAAAAAUGAAAGUAAAAGAGCUUUUUUGAAUUUAUGUGAUUGAUUCAUUCGGAGAACUGUUGUGGUUGUUAUAUAUGGAAAUAUCUUCAACAUGGAGAACUGAUUUAUGAGAGAAAUUCUAAUUGUUUCUAUGUACAAAACUGUAUUUCCUGCAACCCCUUGUACUUUCAUCAAAUCCCUCUCUACUCCGAGUUAUAUAAUUUAUCUUCAGAACUGAGAUAAACACCGACCUCACUUCAUACCAAUCCAAGCUAAUCCGUCAGAACAAAGCUAAGCCUCUAACUAGACCAAUGUUAACUCCUUCAAAUAAAUUACCGUCUAAUGUGAGGUAAUUUCAGUAUGAAGCAGAAUAUCUCCCACAGAAUAUAUAUGCUAUAGUUGAGUUAUAGAGACUUUGUAACAUACGUGAUGGAAUGUCUUCUAAUACACAUAAUUUAAAAUA